UGAACUUUGUCCCCUUCCUUCAUAAGUAAGCUUUGACUCCACACUGUCGAAGUGAAGGAUUAAAAUGUGAACCGAAGCUGUAGCGCUGCUACUAAACUACCGUAGCUAUUACAAGAGGAAAACACCAAGAUUCAGCUGGCGAACAUUAAAGCUGUGUUAGGACAGGAUGUUCAGGAGCAACAGCCCGUAUGGCUCUGAGACCAGCAGCUACAUUUCCAUUCAGUCCAAUGGCUUUUCCACCGCGGAUGAGACUUCAUCCCAAAUAUCAAACAUCUCGAGACCCAGUGCAAAGUCACUUUACUUGCAGAGGCUGCAGUAUGCAGCGUCAGUGAACAAGACAAUGGAAAAAACAGAGUACAAAGUAGAGCACUUGUUUACUUGUGACCUAAACGGGAAGGAUCUCAAAAACAUCAAAGACUGUGUGGAGCGUCUGAAGGUUGUGGAUCAUACUAGUCGUAUUUGGGGUCAGGACAUGAUGCUGGAGGUUCGAGGUACCAAUCUGCUGCUCAUAGACUUUGAAACCAAGGAGGAGCUGGAGUCAUUUUCUCCUAGUGAAGUGAAGGGGAUGGAGGCCUUGCUGGACUCUCAGGUGUUUGACUCUCUGCUCAUCAUGUCCAUCCGGCACAGGACAAAAAACGUCACCACCGUCUUCCUGUUCCAGUGUGACGAUGUCAGGGCUGAUUAUGUUAAAAAGGAUUUAACACGAGCUCUGUCGCAGAAAAAUGAGGGUUCACACUUCAGCAAUGGCCAUGUUGAUGGUGGGCCUGAAAGAGUGAGAGAGUCCUAUAAGCCUGCAGAGCAGAAACCUGUACGCAACUCUGUGCCACCGUGGACUGCAGCUGACAACGCUGAGGACAAUUUUCCUGAGCCUGAACUGCAUCUGCGUAGGUACAGGGAGGGAGAGGAUGUCAAGCCACCAAUGCCUACAGCUCCUUUACUUCCCUCUCGGCCAUACACAGAACUGAACAGGAAUGUGGACAUUUUAAAUCAUAUCAUAACUGACAUCGAGAUCUUCAUGGGAAAAAUAGCAGCAAUAGAUGCCAAAAAUGGAAAUAAAAAGAAGAAAAAGAAAAAAGGAAAAGGUGUGGAUGGGAUGCCGCCUGAGCAGGAGUUUACAGACUGCCUCCAUAAAAUCAAAUCUGGCUUCAACCUUCUGGGAGAGCUUAACGGAAAGAUCAAUAAUCCCGCUGCUUCUGACUUUGUCCACUCUUUGUUCUCUACAUUAGCAUUCGUAUGCUCUCACUGCUCGGAAGCACUGCCUCAGUCCAUCAUUGCCCCGCUGCUCACUCCUCAGUGUAUCCGUCUCCUAAGUGAAGAGGCAUCCUCAGAGGAGGACGAGCUGUGGCAGUCUCUAGGAGACCCCUGGAACAUCCCCAGUACCAAAUGGCCAGAGGAGGAUGAGGACAUCCCGACGUACACCCUGCAGUUCUUUGACGGUUGGCAGCCCCCUGAAGUGACCGCAGAGCCUCCACCAAGAGCACCAGAGAGCAGACAGGAGAGUCCAUGGCCUUUACCAAGCCAUCAGCCUCCAAAAUCAGCUGGACAAAACACACAGCAGUCGAGUUAUGCCAAGUGGAAAAGACCAGAAGAACGACAAAAACCACGCCCUGUUGAGGUAAAAUUAUGCGACAUGUGUGUCAUGUAUGACUUCAUAUCCAGAAACCAAAGAGAACUCACUGUCACUAAAGGAGAAGUAGUUGAGCUCCUGGACAAGUCGAAGCAGUGGUGGAAAGUGAGGAACAACAGAGGGGAGGAAGGUUACGUACCACACAACGUCCUGGACGAUGGUGACAGUCAGUCUUAUGAGGAAAUUCAAGCAUCUCCUGUCCUGACAAGGAAAUCUAAACCAGCAGAGGUGAAAGCCUGGCUCGAACACAUGGAAUUCAACCAAAUCACUGUGCGCUGCCUGGGCGUCCUGAGCGGCUCCAUGCUGCUAGGGAUGAGCCGAGAAGAGCUGAAGUCGGUGUGCCCAGAGGAAGGAGGACGUGUCUACCUACAGUUACAGGCAGUCAAAUCCACCUAGGCAGAUGCAAGUUAAAGACUCGUCACAACCAGCAAAGAAGACGAAAACUUAUUAGAUACUGUAAAAUGUAAGUUAAUAAGAGGCAAUCGGCAGAAUAAUAAAGGUUUAUAUUGACAUGUAAACACACUGAAGUCACUUUGUGAAUCUGGCACAUGUGUGAAUUAUAUAUAUAUAUAUAUAUAUAUAUAUAUAUCACUACUAUUUUUAAGUCAGAAUGUAAUCCCAUUAAAACCUUAUAUGAUAAACUGUGUAUGAAGUUGUAUAACUUAAUAACAAGCUUAUACUGCAGCAAAACUGCAAAUAAUCACUGAAGUCUACCUUGUUUUGUUUGUGAUCUUUGUGUAACUUAUAAAUUAAAGUAAGAAUCUGGAACAUGUGUGAAUUAA